AGUAUUUAUUCUUAUCGGCCUACACGCUCUUCUUUAAUUGAACAAUAAUGUGAUUUUUCGUUCAAAAUUCAGAAAAUCGUAACAGAGUAAAAACUGAAAAAGAAAGCAAAAUAACAUUUGCAAAUCGGGGAAAAAAGAGAAGUGAAACAAGCUGAAAUCGAAGCAAAUUUCUCGAGAAAACUAACUGAAAAUCUGCAACAAAUUUCGUGUGCAAUCAAAAUUAUUAUUUUUCAUUGUUGUUGUUGUUGCCGCCGCGCCACCAUUUUCUGGUAAAUCCAACAUACAAGAACAGCCAGCGAAGAAACGGAAAUUUUAUCACGCAAAUCAAAAGUGCAAUAAAAAGCUGAAAGUGUUUUACACUAAGCUAAAGAAGGAAGUUGAAGAUAGUAAAUAAUUAAGAAGAGCCACAGCUACACCACCAUAAACAACUACAACUACAACAACCAACAACAUCCCACAUCAACACCAACCAACAAAAACAAAUAUUUACAACUCAUUUCUCUCACUGAAGAGAUCAGAGUGUGAGCUAUAUAAAUCGCGCGCGCGUUCCCCAAGCGUUUUCCCCCCAAAACGAUCGAACAGAUCGAAAAUCGCGCGCCUUCGUCGCACGUAACUGAAUAUAUAUAUUUCUCGCGCAACCACUGGGCUCAGGCCACAAAAAUCCGCCAAAAUUCUACACCAACAAACUUUAAUCAGCCCCGAGAUUUCGCUCCAGUUCGCAACGGCGACCACAAUGCCCUACAACGGCGCUAGCAACGGCAGCGGCGGUGGAGGCGCCAGCGGCGGCGGCGGAGGGGCCACCAUAGUCGUCACCGAGGGGCCGCAGAAUAAAAAGAUCCGCACCGGUGUCCAGCAGCCCGGCGAGAACGAUGUGCACAUGCAUGCUAGGUCCACACAACAACAGAACCAGCAGCAAGCACUUAUGAACAAGUCAAAUGACGACGUACGGAGAAAGCGUCCCGAGACUACACGGCCAAAUCACAUUCUACUCUUCACCAUCAUAAAUCCUUUCUAUCCCAUCACAGUUGAUGUCUUGCACAAAAUCUGUCAUCCACAUGGCCAAGUGCUGCGCAUUGUCAUAUUCAAAAAGAAUGGCGUUCAGGCCAUGGUUGAGUUCGAUAAUUUAGAUGCAGCCACAAGAGCGCGUGAGAAUCUGAAUGGAGCCGAUAUCUAUGCUGGAUGCUGCACCUUGAAAAUUGACUAUGCCAAGCCGGAAAAGUUAAACGUAUAUAAGAAUGAGCCCGAUACCAGCUGGGACUAUACGCUGAGCACAGGUGAGAUUCUACCAAGUAAGUCGCUGUUUUCUAUACCCGAAAAUGUUGUUAUGCUUGAGAGCCUUACACCACAACAUCAACAACAACACCACCACCAACAACAACAACAACAACAAGUACCCCAACAACAACAACAACAACAUCACCACCAUCACCAUCAACUAGUUGCCCCAGCUCAAUCGCACAAUCUUUGUCAAUUUAAAGAGCCACCGCUAUUGGGACCAGGCGCUGCCUUCCCGCCAUUCGGAGCACCCGAAUAUCAUACCACCACACCGGAGAACUGGAAGGGUGCCGCCAUCCAUCCCACCGGGCUGAUGAAGGAGCCAGCCGGAGUUGUGCCCGGACGCAAUGCUCCGGUGGCCUUCACACCGCAGGGCCAGGCUCAGGGUGCCGUCAUGAUGGUGUACGGCCUGGACCACGACACUUCCAACACGGAUAAGCUCUUCAAUUUGGUUUGCCUGUACGGCAAUGUGGCAAGGAUCAAGUUCUUGAAGACCAAAGAGGGCACUGCCAUGGUGCAAAUGGGCGACUCCGUGGCCGUUGAGCGCUGCGUACAGCACUUGAACAACAUUCCCGUGGGCACUGGAGGCAAAAUACAGAUUGCAUUCUCUAAGCAGAAUUUCCUAUCCGAGGUGAUCAACCCGUUCUUGCUGCCCGAUCACACACCCAGCUUCAAGGAGUACACCGGCUCCAAGAACAAUCGUUUCCUAUCGCCGGCCCAGGCCAGCAAGAAUCGCAUUCAACCACCGAGCAAGAUUUUGCACUUUUUCAACACACCACCCGGCUUGACCGAGGACCAGCUUAUUGGAAUCUUCAAUAUCAAGGAUGUGCCCGCCACAUCGGUGCGUCUGUUCCCCUUGAAGACCGAGCGCUCGUCGUCUGGACUGAUUGAAUUCCCCAACAUCUCGCAGGCUGUGUUGGCCAUCAUGAAGUGCAACCAUCUGCCUAUUGAGGGUAAAGGCACCAAGUUCCCCUUCAUCAUGAAGCUGUGCUUCUCCUCGUCAAAGAGCAUGAAUGGGGCCUGGAACAAUGCGACCAGCGAGGGCAUGGUCGAGAAGGAGAACGAGGUCGAUGCCAAGGUGGACAUCUACAAUUGAGAUUUGAUAACGAUUGUGUAAGCAAGCAAACGACACCUGGCUUAACUAUCACACAAUGCAGAACCAUAUAUAAACCCAAGAAGAAGAAGAGAAGAAGAAGGAGCACUCGUCGACUGACAAGCAGGAUAACAAACAAGAAAUAUGCAAAAAGACAACAACACAAACAUAACAACUAGCAGCUUUUCCAACUGAUCGACUAACUUGAUAAUGGCUUACACAUUCGACUCAACAUCAUCCACAGGAAAGAACGCUGAGGCAGCAGCUGAUUAUGGCAAAUUGAUUACAAUUAAUUGAGGCAACAGCAGAUAAACAACUAAUUAACAAUUAACGUAACACAUUAGAGGGCAACAGUGCGACAGAUAUAGCCCACGCAUCGCAAACGCAUGUAACUUUUCUACGAGCCAUUUUUGCAUAGACAAUUCAGCUAAUUAGUAUGACAAUGCAGCCUAUGUACGAUAUGGCCUCGUUUAAAAGCCACACAGGAUAAUGAUGAACACACCCUUUCAUUACAUGCCCCUCCCCCCAUUAUAUUACAUGCGUUUGUGUGGCAACAACAACAACAACACAACAUGCAAAAUAAUACAAAAGUAAACAAAUUGAAUUGUUAUUAAUUGUUAUAAAGACGAUGAAAAUGCAUUAGGACUUUCUCACACAAAAAAAGCAAAAAGAAAUCCCAACCAAUUGUAAACUAUGUAAUGCUUAAUUGAUACAAAAAUCACAUACAAAAAUAAACCAAAAACAAGAAUAAAAAUGAUUAAAAUUUAAAAGGAAACCAUAUGUUAGAGUAACAACUAAAGAAAUUCUGAUCUGACCUUCCCAUCCUACAAUUCCCUCUCCCCCCUGGCAGACUUCUUCUGUAUAGUUAUAUAUUGUAAUAUGAUUUGGAAUUCGGAUACAAGUAUAUUUAUGCAACAAAAAGAAACAUUUCUUUGGACAAUAUUUCGACAAGUAUUCGGGCGUGAGAAAAAGUCUUAACAAAACAAAAAAUAUUUAUUGUGUAAAUUAAAACCAAAAAUUUAGCAAUUUUAAAUAAAAUUUAUUAAUUUUAGUUAUGCAAAACAAAAAAAAAACAAUUAAAAACAAACGAAACAAACUUGCAGCAGCAGUUGAUUUUAAAAUUUCUUACUUUAACGAAUAUUUAAAACAAUGGAUAGAUGGAAUAAAAACUUGCACAAGCCAAUGUUUUUACUAAUUAAAACAAAACCAGAAAAAGACAAGACGAUAAACAUAAUUUUUGUGCUUAAUUUACAAAGUUAAAAAAAAAGGCAUAAAUUUAUAUGUAAUGAGCUGUAUUUGUAUUUACAUUAAAAUUAAUUUUAAUUUACACUAAAUGUAAAAAGCGAAAAUAACUAAACAAAAAAAUACACAAGCUAAGGCAAAGAAAACCUACAAGAAAAUAUUUAGUUAAGUGCAAAUCGAAGAGAGGAGAGCAUCUAGAGCAUAGUUAAGGCAGCAUCGUUCAGCAAAACAUACAACAAACAAAACAACAUAUUUUUGAGGCGUUUUAAAAAUUAGAAUUGACAGAGCCAAACAUUUCAGAACUCCAAGUGAAGGUUAGCAAAGCAAAGCUACUACUAAAGAUGUUGAUGGUGAGAUGAGGGCGUAUUGCAAAUGCGUAUAAAAGUAGGCGAAAUGAAAUGAAAAAUACGAGAAAAAGAAUUCAAAUAUCAGCAAUAAAGCAACGGCAACAACACCAUAUCAAAGGCGUAUGUUAGAUUACCUAUAAUAAUAACGAAAUUAACUUGUAUAAAAAAAGAUGCAAAUAAUGUAAAACGAUCAGAAGAGAUAACCCAUGAGUUCACUUGAGUUGUAUGAUUUUAUAUAUAUAUCUAUAUAUAUAUAUUUACAUUUGUUUUUAUUGCAAAUCAACGAAUACACACAAGACACAAACACACACCAACACACACAAUGCUAGGGCCGCUAAACGAAUUUUCUUCACUUUUCCCCCCGUAGUUCACCGCUUGGCACACGAUCGUUAGUUAGGCUUCCUCCCAUUCAUAUAUCAUAUUCAUUUAAUGCUAUCAACUAAACUAAAACUAAACCUACAUAUAUGUGCAAUUUGGGCUUUAAACGAUUCUUCGUUUGUUCUAUUUAAUUUAUUGCAAUUUUUCUCAUUUCGUCAACUAGUUCGUGUAAUUAUUUCAAGUGUCUUUUACAGUCUUAGUUAUUAUGUAAAUUGUUUUUUAAUCCUUAACUUGUAAAAUAUAUAUUCAUGCUAAAGAUUAAGUAUUAUUGUACUUAAUUUUAAAUGAUUAACAUGGUUUAAUGACACACGAAACGGGAACUAAUUAUACAUACAACAAAGGCAAACAAAAUCUCGUUAAUAAUUAAUUAUUAAAUAUUAAUUUGUAAGAAGAUAAAGCAACAACGAUCUUGAAGCUCCUAAUUAGAUCAUAAAACGGAUCAAUAAACCAACUACUAUAAUACAAAAUAAUAUAUAAUAUAAAAUACAUAACAAAAACAAACACUUGGUAGCUAUUUAAUUUACAAAUAUACAAAUAUACGAAUUAUAAUCAGAAUUUUUAUUGUUAAUAGUUUUAUUCGACACACUUGACACAAUUGAUUUUGUGUUUAUAUUUUUCAUAUCUUUAAUUUUGUAUGCGUAAAAUAGAGACAAAAAAAUAUAUAUUUAUAUAUUUGGCUGGUGGCGACUUCAGUUUGAAUAUAUAAAGACGUAAACAUAUAUAUUUAUGCGUGUAUUUAUAUAUGAUUUGUUUUAUUUAAUAUUUAAAUUCUGUUGUUAUUUUUUAAGCCCAGAGUUUGUAACAUGCGCGCUCAUUUUUUGAUAUAAAUAUAUAUAUAUAUAAUUAUGUAAAAGUA